AUGGCUCAAUGUUUUUUGGGCUCCAUGCCAUCUCCGCCCUGUCAGAACUGUUCAACUGGGCUUGCCGCCCACGGGCUUGUCAUGGGUGUCACAGUGCUCUGUGCUGCGUUCUCCGUAUUACUCCACGGUGUCUCUUCCAUGUCCAGUUGUUUGGACGGAGCAAGUCUUCAUAUCGAUAUCGACAUGUUCCUGGCUUCGUUAUCCGUACUCGUCUACUUUGUCGAUUUCCACUACCUGAAGAACACGGAGGAAAUCACAAACAUGAGCAAGUUGACCAACGCACGAUCUUGGAUCGGUAAGGUUGUUCUCGAAGGUAGGCGCAAAGUUUUGCGUUCAGUCUCCGCCGAGGAACCUGCAUCGCGUAAGCAAUUCGGUACUGUUGACGACGGCCACGAUGGUUCAUGGGAUCCGCUUGGACACAAACGUCACCGAUCGAGGUCCGACAUGCACACGAUCGAGCGCGCACGGAGAGAGAGCGUGAGCCACACUCUCCCGAGCAUGCUGAAAGUGAUGCAUGCCGCCAUCAGACUGGGACACGGAGAAGCAGCCGUGACGUUGUUCGAUCAGAUGCUGGAGAAGGGGGCCGUUCCUGGUGCACACCUUAUCCACAAGGCCGUGUCAAACCGUUUCUUCCAGCUCGUCGCUGACACUCUCGACGACAAACGCGUGCAAAUAGACGGAUUGCGGCUUCUUGAUUUAGUCAGAGCUCAUGGGAUUCACGCGUCGGUUGAGAUUCAGAACCGUUUGCUGGCUGCAUGGAGGGACCGUCAGCUUCCAGAGAGUGUCGUUGAGUAUUUCGUAAAGAUGAAGAGCGCGGGUACCACCCUCAGCAAAUGGGCAUGUCGUUCCAUGGUCGUGGCCUACGAGCGUUCCGAUCCAGAAUUAGUUUUGAAGAUUUGCAAUGAAAUGGAGGGAUCAGGUAUUCAGCUCUACCGGGCGGCGUACAAUGCGGUGUUGGGUGUUCGUCUUCAGCUUGGCAUGCACAAGGAAGCCGACGCGUUGUUCAUGAAGAUGGCUGACCAUGCAGUGGCUCCCAAUGCACGAACUUAUAGCGUCAUGAUCAGGGUCUAUUCGUUCAGCGACCAACACGAGAAAGCUAUUGCCAUCUUCGGAACUAUGUGUGAACACCUUUUCGAGCCCGACCAUGUCGACUACCAUUAUGCAAUCCGUUCUUGCGUAAAGAUCCAGCGUGUUGGAUACGCCGUACAACUAUACAACGACGCGAUUCAGGCGAAGGUGCCCCUUCUCGCGAGCACGUGCGUCAUUCUGAGCCGUGCGUGCAAACGCGUUGGCUGGAUGUGUUCGGCGAACAAGUUCGAAAUGGAGCUGACACACCAGCAAAUAGCUCUUAUGCAGGAGGUAGUGGCCGCGUGGAAGUUUCAAGCGUAG